AAAAGAAAAGUUACGAGACUGACGAACAGGAAGAAGAUAAUGGAGUCUUACAUGAGCUUAAUUUUGUACGGAAUAGGAGGGAUACUGGUGGCAGGGCUGGCAUUGCUGGUGGCGUUCCAAGAGAAGCUCGUUUACAUUCCGGUUUUGCCGGGUCUAACCAAAUCUUACCCGAUCACGCCGGCACGUCUCCGGCUCAUCUACGAGGACGUUUGGCUCCGGUCGUCCGACGGAGUCCGACUCCAUUCUUGGUUCAUCAAGCUCUUCCCUGAUUGCCGAGGUCCAACCCUCCUGUUUUUUCAAGAGAACGCUGGAAAUAUUGCUCACCGUCUGGAAAUGAUUCGCGUGAUGUUACAGAGGUUACAGUGCAAUGUCUUCAUGCUUUCAUAUCGAGGUUAUGGAGCGAGUGAUGGUUAUCCUUCUCAACUUGGAAUUAUUAAUGAUGCUCAGGCUGCAUUGGAUCAUCUCUCUCAGCGAACUGAUAUUGACACAGAUAAAAUAGUAGUCUUUGGAAGAUCACUUGGGGGGGCUGUGGGAGCUGCACUCACCAAAAACAACAAUGAUAAGGUUGCUGCACUGAUACUAGAAAACACUUUCACAUCUAUUCUGGACAUGGCGGGAGUUUUAUUCCCUCUCCUGAAGUGGUUUCUUGGAGGCCCUGGUACAAAAGGUCCUAAAAUUCUUAAUUUUCUUGUUCGCUCUCCAUGGUGUACCAUUGAUGCCAUUGGCCAGGUUAAGCAGCCUGUCCUUUUUCUUUCCGGUUUACAAGACGAGAUGAUUCCCCCAUCCCAUAUGCAAAUGCUGUAUGCUAAAGCAGCAGCUCGUAACAGGCGAUGUCAAUUUGUCGAAUUCCCUACUGGCAUGCACAUGGACACUUGGUUGGUUGAAGGUGACCUAUACUGGAAAACAAUCAAGCAGUUUUUGGAACAACAUCUGCCAAAGAAAAAGGAAACUGAAUCGUCGCAAAACGGACACGGUAAUUCACCUUUUUUCCCAAAUGAAUUGUCACCGGAUGAUAUUUGGUAG